AGUUGUGGAAGUCGACCCACGUUGCCGGCUGAAGGCUGAUAUGGAACGUUGGCGCAAGGGUUACAUUACAGCGAAAUCCCAUGAAUCAGUUAUCUAAAAAUGGCCUUAAAACAACAAGGAGAAACGAAAUUCAGUUCUUGAUUUUUGCAUUUUUAUCUUUCUGUCUCCCCGAAACAAUAAAGACAAACAAAACAAACCAUCUUCCCUUAUGCAUGCAAAAAGCACCAGACAUCAUACCUCGUACACACAACAACGACUCCAUACCUCCCUAGCCUUGGGCUUCAAAAUCCUCUCUCCAUCCGCACACCCAUAUUUACCCAAACAACACAGGGAGAGAGGGGUAGGAUAGGAGAGAAGACAAGAGAAGACAACACAACUGGUAACCUUCGAUGUGUUCAUGAAAAUUGCACCAACAACCGAGAUAGAAUUCGAUGCGAUUAUCAAUCCCAUAUCCUUGGAACAUAAAAACAAUAUGGAUGUUUUUGGUAUUUUGUUCAUGUUUUUUCCCUUCCUUGUCCUUCGAAGGCCACCUUAUAUGUGGAACUAACAACCAAACGUCGGACAACUUUGGUCACAAAGUUAAUGAAGCCAUGGAAUCAUUGUGGGAACUCGUGUCUUCUAAAAGUUGGGGAACCGUGUUUAAGAAAGAUCCAAAGUACAAUAUUUUUGGAUUAGCCCAAUGCUACCAAGAUGUGAAUGCUGACGAUUGUGAACUCUGUUUCAAAACAUCCCAAGAAAAACUCCAACAAUGCAUUCCUGCCAGAUCUGGCCGGGUCUAUCUCGACCAAUGCUUCCAUCGUUUCGAUCACUAUAACUUUUACAACGAAGGGGUUGAUCCAAAGUAUGAUCACGUCACCUGUGGCUCCCCUACAGGUGAUUCCAAUGACACUUACAUGUCUCAGGAUUUUCAAAGUAAGUUAGAUCAUGUGAUUUUGAACGUCGAGGAGGCUGCGUUGCGGAAAAAUGGAUAUGGGACAACCGAAGUAAAAGGUGGGGUGGUAACCGUUUACGCCUUGGCUCAGUGUUGGAAAACCAUCGAUAAACAAGCUUGCGAUAAGUGCCUCACCGAUGCAGGGAUGCGGCUGAGGGAGUGUGGCCCAGCAGCCGAAGGCCGGGCUUUGUUUACUGGGUGUUAUAUGAGGUAUUCAACCAAUAGAUUCUUUGAUCAUGGUUCGGGAACGGUGGAAAAAAAGGGGUUUACAGAUUGGGUCACCUUAGGAGUGGCUUUAUCUGGAGCUACAUUCCUUUUGCUUGCUGUCGUUGGUGCUUUUGUAAGCUACAAGAAAUUAUCCAGAACAAAAGAAGAGGUGACUGGUCUAGAUGCCCUUCCGGCCACCGGACUCAAGACUAGUUUAAACUUCAAGUAUGAAAUGCUUGAAAAGGCAACCAAUAAUUUCAAUGAAUCAAUGAAAUUAGGCCAAGGAGGAGCAGGCUCGGUGUUCAAAGGAGUCCUACCUAACGCAGAAGCUGUUGCAGUUAAGAGAUUGUUCUUCAAUACUCGGCAGUGGGUGGAUCAGUUCUUUAAUGAAGUAAAUUUGAUCAGUGGAAUUCAACACAAGAACCUUGUAAGGCUUCUAGGAUGCAGCAUUGAAGGUCCGGAGAGUCUUCUUGUUUAUGAAUAUGUGCCUAAUAGGAGCCUCGAUCAAAUCCUUUUCUCUAAGGACAAAAGAUAUAUUCUAAGCUGGUCCCAGAGGUUCAACAUCAUAUGUGGAACAGCUGAAGGGCUGGCAUAUCUUCAUGGAGGUUCUGGCGUGAAAAUCCUUCACAGAGACAUCAAAGCCAGCAACAUUCUCCUCGAUGAGCAUCUCUCUCCCAAGAUUGCUGAUUUCGGACUUGCUCGUUGCGUUGCUUCGGAUAAAUCCCAUGUCAGUACUGCAAUUGCAGGGACACUAGGAUACAUGGCUCCAGAAUACCUUGUCCGGGGACAACUAACAGAGAAAGCAGACGUUUAUGGAUUCGGGGUGCUAGUUCUUGAGAUUGCAACUGGUCGGAAAAACAGUGUUUUCUCGGAGGGUUCAAGUUCAAUUUUGUACUCGGUUUGGAAGCAAUACAAGGCAGACCACAUUACACAAUCAAUUGACCCUGGGUUAGAAGGCAAGUUUGAGGAAAGGGAGGCAUCUAAUGUGCUACUAGUUGGGCUUUUGUGCACUCAACCUUCAGUUGCAAUAAGACCAUCCAUGCAUGACGUUCUUCAAAUGCUAACCAAUGCACAUUGUGAAAUUCCUUGUCCAAAACAACCUCCGUUCUUAAAUGCCAGUGUGUUAAGUCCGGCACACACCCCCGACGAUUCUUUUGCAAUGGAUUCUUCAGCUUUAGAUCAGCCUAAAACAGGUUCUGAGUCAUCUACUCAGAAGGCCAUCGGGCAUUAAAUUAAAGCUACAACGGAGUCAACAUAGCCUUCGCUCAUUUUCUUCUUCGACUUUGGGGAACCAAACAAUUGUAAAUCUCAGCGAUGCAGGGCAAGAGAUCUGAGAAUUUUCCUCCCCCAACUGCAAUGAAACCUUUGUUUUUCCUACUUGGAGGCCAGGCGGGGGAGCAAGAAUAUUUGCAUGGCUUCUUUUUAGGGAUCACGGUAGGUCGGA